AUGCGAUUGUUAACGAACCUGAGUCUCUCACUUCUCCUUCUUCUCCUCCUUUUCACACACACACGCAUGGUCGUUUGUUCUGAUGAAGUGGAGUCACAGCACCUGGAGGCACGACAAGUUGAGGAAGUCGAUGUUGAACCGGUUGAUGCAGUGGAUUCGAUGUUGGGAAGCGGUGGGAAAUACCUCCCAAACCACGACAUUGGGGAUCACGUCGAGGACAACCACGACGUGGGAGUUCGCGUCGAAGACGACCUUUUUUACACGCACCUGUAA